UCCGCUGUCCUCAUCCGCCACUCGACAUAGAUCCCCGCAAAUUGCUGCUCGGAACCUUGUAUUUUUCGUUCGCGACUGAGAAACGGUGACAUUUUGUGCAUUUUGCGACAAUCGCCACAACAGCACGGAAUCUGUCGACACAUGCUCCGGUCGCUUUCCUCGUUUUAGUUGAAAUUGGACACCGCUGAUGUCUCAGCGUCCAUGUCCUCCCGUAGGCUGUGCUGCGGAGUGAUAUUCCAUUGGAACCGACAAUGUGGAGGCUGUUAAAAUGUCUACUUGGAAAAUGAAAUGGUUACAGUUUCUCUAAAAAAAGGAAACGGAGUAACAUAAGAGUUAUGGUUCGUGCGAAAGCCGUGUUUUCAGCUGCGUGACGAAGAUAGCAGUGAGACGAAGCGUCAGAGGAGCGGCUCGUAUUUUUUUUUUAUUUUUUUUUUUUUUUGUCUUUGCUCAUCUUCACCAAGCCCUCAGUCCGGACCACGGGGGGAAGGAUCCUAUCCCUAACUUUGUUUUUCUCUCUUCGCCAGUCCUUCGUUUCUCCCCGUUGGAUGCCACACUACUGAUUCCAGUCGCUUGCUGAGACUGAAAGGGCCAAGUGAAUAGCAGCAGAGAAUGGCUGCAGUGGAAACGGACAAGGAGCUCAACGACUUGCUGGACUUUAGCGCGAUGUUUGAGCCUCCAGUUUCAAAUGGUAAGAACCGGCCGACUACGCUGGCCAGCAGUCAGUUUGGAGGUUCAGGUAUAGAUGAGAGGAGUGGGUCCGGUCCCUGGGGAUCAGGAGAACAGAACAGUCCACCUUUCAACCAGGGAAGGAGUUAUGGAGAAGAACGUCUUUACAGUGAGCAAGAGGGCAUGCCUUCUGCCCCCAUGUAUGGAUCAGGGAUUGUGGGGAAGCCUGAACGAGGACCAUACUCAUCAUUUGGAUCACAGCCGGGCUUCAUGCCCAGUGAGAUGCCCAUGCCCAGUCCUGAUGCCCUCUCCCCGUCUGGCGUGAAGUCCAGCUCCCAGUUUUAUACUUCCUAUGAGGGGAGCAACCCUCGCAGGAGACCCUCACAGGACCCUGUUGAAUCACAGCCAAAAAAGAUCAGGAAGGUGCCCCCUGGCCUACCCUCCUCUGUUUAUGCACCAGCCUCUGGAGAGGAUUUUCACCGGGACAAUGCUGGUUACUCAGCCCCAAAGCCAGGAAACGUCUACUCACAGUUCUACAUGCAAGAAGGCCUCCACCCGCCCUCCGAUCCGUGGGGCUCUGCCGGGUCGAUGGUUCAGCCUGGUUAUUCUGCCAUGCUGGGCAACUCUCCUCAUCUGAACCAGCAUGGUCCCUUCACUGCCAUCAACCCCCAAGACAGACUGAAGCGGCAGCCACUGCCCCUCUCCCCUCAAAACUACCCCCUGCAUGGCAGUGAAGUGAACGGGGCUCAUCCUGCUGGCUUCCACUCUGGUUCUAACAGCUUUGGUGUCCCCAGCCACACACCCCCGAUGACUGGGUCCGAAACCAUCAUGGCCAAUCGGGCCCCUGUACCUGGUAGUUCGGGUGAGAUUGGAAAAGCACUGGCCUCUAUCUAUCCCUCAGACCCAAACAGCAACACUUUCCCUCCGUCUCCUUCCACUCCAUCUGGCUCUCCUCAGGCUGUAUCAGGCUCUGCAUCCCAGUGGACCCGGUCCUCUGGCCAGGCUACACCUUCACCCAACUUUGAGGGUGGAAUUCAGUCUUUGAGUAAAAUGGAGGACCGUCUGGAGGAAGCCAUUAAUGUCCUUCAGCGUCACGCCAGUGGACAUGGGGGGCCAGGACUCGCUGAAAUGCACAGUCUACUCUCUUCUGGCUUGGGGUUACCGUCGGCCUUCAACAGUGCAGCACUUGGGCUGGCGAGUCGUAUGUCUGGACUGGUGUCCGGUCACCAUGAAGACUCUGUCGGUCUGCCCUCUAGUGGAGGACUUUUGCACCAUGGGCCGGCGUCAGGCUCUCAACCUGAAGGCUUUUCAGGCCAGCCAGGUAACGCAAGUCGCUCCAGUGCUGCUGCGAUCAAACGAGAGGACAAGGAGGACGAUGAGAACUGCUCCCUUACAGACAAGUCAGAAGACGAGAGAAAAGACAUGAAGGCCCACCUUCGAACAAGCCUUGUGUCUGUGACUGAUGAGAACCUGACCGCUGAGGAGAAGGAGCAGAGGGAGCGCGAGCGCCGCCUUGCUAACAACGCUAGGGAGAGAGUACGAGUUCGUGACAUUAACGAAGCCUUCAGAGAGCUGGGCAGAAUGUGUCAGGUCCACCUGCAGAGCGACAAGGCCCAGACCAAGCUUGUCAUCCUGCAACAGGCCGUCCAGGUCAUACUAGGCCUGGAGAAGCAGGUGCGAGAGCGUAAUUUGAACCCAAAGGCUGCCUGCCUCAAGAGGAGAGAGGAGGAGAAAGUGUCGGGCGUGGACCCCCAGAUGCAGCUCGGGGGAGGUCACCCCGCUCUAGGAGGCGAUGGACACAACCCUGUGAGCCAUAUGUAAUUCUCAGUUCCUGUUGAUUGUACAGCCCUUAGAACACGUGGCCUUAAUCUAUCAUUGUCAUGCAUCUCAGUGUGUGUCAAUCAACUUUUGGAAAACACACGCACACACACCUCAUUACUGACAAAGCAGGUGGCCACAUUCCUGACGACGAAAACAACAAGCACACUGAUACAAAAAGAGAAGGAAGAUUUAUUGAUCAGUACCUUGAAACGAGGACGCUGGUCUGCAGACGUUGGGAAUUGGACAUAAGGAACUUCUUAUGAUGAUGUUUUUGUAAGACAUUUUAAAAAAAAAUUGCUUUACAUGUUGGGAGCAAAACUUGUUUGGAUCAAAUAACACUUUUGGAUCAAUUGCUCAUGUGGGCAAAGGUAGGAUUUGUAUCGUUGGAUAAUUAUUGGCAUUCCCAUCAGAAAAGGAGGUCUUACAUUCUUCAAGAGGGAGGAUUGAUUUUAUGAUUGAACAACCCGUUUGAUCAUGUCCAAAACAAGCCUAAUGCAUAGUGUUUGGUUAGACAACAACCAUCAUAUAAUGACUGAAGUACAGAGGGAAGGUUUGGAGACAUCCAGCCAUUGUCCGGGCAGUCAGACAGCUGACUCCUACUUUUUGAAAUGCUGGUAAUUCAGGCUGUAUUUCUUACAUUUAUUGCAGUGGUUGAGUUGGUGCCACGGUCACUGACUCACACGUGUAGUGGGUUAGUUUUUUUGCUUCUUUGUAAUCGUGGAUCUCAGUCUUACCUCUCAAAGUCCUGUACAUCUGUUAUUGUCACUGCCAUGCAAGUGGAAUGGAAAGACUGCUGGAGAGAGACCCACCACGGACUCGAGCAUGACUCAUCCAGGAUCCACAGUGAUGUUGAAAUGAAACGCACACGCCGACACCCCGACCCCCCAGGAGGCUGUCGUCGGACUCAGUUUGCUCUGAGUCUCAGCCGUGUGGUCAGUGACUCAGAUACAGCCAGAUCCAAUCAUACAUAAAGACGCUGUUACAGCACAGUGAACUUAAUUCAUAAGUCUCAGAACAAUUUGUAUUGAAGUAAAUGACUUUCGCUAGCAGACGGAUAUAACCGAGUAUUGAAAGGGAUCACGAGUGUUAACUGCUACCUUUUGGAGAAUUUACUCUUUUGCCAUUGACUGACUUGUUUUGGUUGCUCUGUGUUGAGCGUUUGGUGUUUUUUGUUGACCCCACCCCACCACCCCCCACCCCUUUUGAACAAUUUCAGAGCCUGUUAUAAGGAUCUUCCUUUUGUAGAAUGGAUUUAUUGUUGCUUUUUUUUUAUUUUGUUUUUUACUUUGUAAGAUAGUUGUAAGAGUUUUGUUCUUGUUUCUUUUUGUUUACAUUGUUUAAAUGUAAGACGAAUUCAGCUUAGAUUCCAGGAACAAAGUGAGGUGUUUUAUUUGGUGCCAGGUGCUCAGAAAUGUUAGAAAUGACUAAAUUCUCUGGCUGUAACAUCACAUGUUGUGAUAUUUUGGUCUUUUUUGAAAUUCAUCGCUGUUUCAACACAAACCUGUCGGGCCAGAUAUAAUUGGAUUGUUCUGGUGGUUCAGGUAUUCUUACAUUGAUUGAAUUGAAUGAAAUGUUUUUUUUCUUUAGCACACCCCCUCUCUCCUUUCCCUGAUGUCCAGCUAUGAUGGGCUGGUUGAUUAGUUUGAGGAAGAGGCAGGAGGCGCGGUCUGCACAAUCUGCAACAUAAUUCACUGUUUCAUGAUGACGUGAAGCAUAAACCGAAUCAACAAGGGUGGCCUUAGUCACUUUCCUGACUAUGGGAGUUUUGAUAAUGGUUACUUACCAGUGCCUGAAUACUUCUCUGCUACAUGGUGGAUGAUGUUGCAUUUAAGGAUUUUUGGUUGUAUCUUUUAUAAUACAGAUGUGUAAAAGCAUAUAUACUUCAGUAACAUCUGUCAGUGUCUCAGAAAAUGAAGAAUUAUGCUCUGUGACGCCGACCGCUUCAGUGUGUGUCAUGAGAUAUAAGUUGACUAAUAACAACUUUGAUGCUGAAAACUGUACUUAAAAUCUUUUAUUUUCUGAUUUUGUUAAAUAUAAUUUAGUUCCAUUGCGCAUCGCUACAUAUGUACAGCUGUAUGAUAUGUCCUUAUCAGCUUCAUCGUCGUCAGCUGAUAUCGAUAUGUAACAGUAUUUAUCAUUUAAUCACAAAUGUUGCCCAGUGGACUGGCCCCUAAUAUCAUAUUCUCUAUUCUAGCUUUUCCCCAGGAAAAAAAGGUCUCUCUCUGAUAUGAAACAUUUCUACUGAAGACUUUUAUUUCUGUACAUGAAAGAUAUGUCUGCAGUAACCUUGUAUCAAAACAUGCACCUGAAAGUUUUUGUUCUGUCCUCCAUGACAGGCGAUCUCUGUCUUCACACAUGUUUGGGGACAACAUCUAUGUAGGCUAUGUCCUCAAAGUGCCUCCAGUUUCCUAUUUUUUAUAUAUAAAGUAGAUAUCAAGAACUGUUGUGUAUAUAACAGUAAUGUAGCAAUAAAUGUGCCAUUUUUAAUAACAAA